UCACCUUUGGCGCAAAGGAAGACUACCAGUUUGUAAAGUCAGCAUGACUUCGAUAGCUUCUUUGAAGGGAAUGGUUGGCCUGGUGACCGGUGGUGCAUCCGGUUUGGGCCGAGCGACGGUUGAGCGUUUCAUCAAGCAGGGUUCACGAGUUGUACUCUGCGAUCUGCCGACGUCUGGUGGAAAGGAUGUUGCCAAGAGUUUAGGAGACAACUGUGUGUUUGCUCCGACAGACAUUACAUCAGAAGAUGAUGUGAAUAAAGCUCUGGAAAUCACCAAAGAUAAGUUUGGACGUCUGGACAUGGCGGUCAACUGUGCAGGAAUCGCAGUCGCUUUCAAGACAUACAACUUCAACAAGAAUCUUCCACACAAGUUGGAAGACUUCAGGAAUGUAUUAAUGGUGAACACCCUAGGUACGUUCAACGUGAUCCGCCUCGCCGUUGCAUUGAUAGGUCAGAAUGAGCCGAACAAAGACAAGCAGCGGGGUGUGAUCAUCAAUACGGCGAGCGUGGCCGCGUACGAGGGACAGAUGGGACAGGUAGCGUAUUCUGCCAGCAAGGGCGCCAUUGUCGGCAUGACUCUCCCGAUGGCACGGGACCUGUCCACGCAUGGAAUCCGAGUUGUCACGAUAGCCCCAGGUUUGUUUAACACAGCAUUACUCGAUGGUCUGCCUGAGAAAGUGAAAACUUUUCUCGCCUCGACAGUUCCGUUCCCACAGCGUCUAGGUGACCCCAGUGAGUUUGCACAUCUCGUCCAGGCUGUGGUGGAGAACCCCAUGAUAAAUGGGGAGGUCAUCCGGUUAGACGGCGCGCUCAGGAUGACGCUCUGAUGAAGGGCAUCACUUAGCGAGCGGCACACAAACAAUUGUUGCUGUAUACAGUAUACUAUAAUAGCGAGGGCAAGCAAGAUUUUAUAUAUACUUUAAUUUCUGAGGGCACAAGUCCUCAUUGACAUGACAUGCAAUAAUAUGCUGGCCAGGACUAGCUCUGGGUCAGCAGACAAUUUCGCCAGAUUAUCUAUUAAACUUUAAAAGUUUCAGAAACCCAGGAAUAUUGUAUAAAAAAAUUAAAAUCUAUUACAUGAAAUUAUUUCACAAAAUUAAAAUAAAAUUUGCCAAUUCAUUUUGAAAUUGGCAUUUGGUGAAUUUGUAGAGUGUCAGAGCUAGAUUUGUAUGCCGAUAAAGUACUAAAUGUGAAUAGAAACACAUAUGAAAGGUGGGGGUUUUUUGUGGGUUUUUUGUUUGUCUGCAAAAUAUUUACUAAUAUUUUAAAUUGUUUUGUUUUUAAUUUGCAAUUUUGUUAUAUUUUGUAACUUUUCUCUGCUGCUGUAUCUAGAAUGGAUGUUGUAGCUAUAUUUUUUCAUUAACUGAUUUUCGUGCUUAUAUCCAAUUAAGGUUCAAGGACGCUGUCCUGGGCUGUCUAUCCAGGACAGUGGGUUAGUUGUUAGUGAGAGAAAAGAGGGUGUAGUGGUCAUACACUUACCCAUUGAGUCGUUAAAACUCGCUCUAGAUGGGAGCCGGUACCAGGCUGUGAAUCCUGUACCUACUAGCCUUAUGUCCUGUGACUUAACCACGAUACAACCGAGGCCGGGAGUAACUAUAAACUGUCAUGCCGUGAAGUAUGAGAGCUAACACUAAAUGAGUGAUGUAGUUCAUGCCUGCUUAGACUACUUCUGUCCUAUUCAUUCUUGUUUUAUCAGCUAAUUCCUUUUGUGAUGAUUUUCACAAACAUUAUUCACAAGCAAAUCACACGCAAAAUUAAUCUUCAUGUAUUAGCAACACAGCUGGACAUGAACCAUGUGCCACGUUAUGUGUUUGUGUGACAGCGCCAUUAGUGGGGGUUUUUAAUUUUAUAUGUAAUGUCUCCACAAAUGCAAACACUACCUGCGAGCAGCAUUGAACUACAACAUUUGGUAUUCUCCCAAGAGUUCCUGUGGUAUUGUUUAUAUCAGAACAGUUUAACUUUAGUGAUGGUUUGAUAGAAAUAUAUAUGUUUUAGAAUAUACAAGUUUAAUUGAUCAAUAAGACAUUGUAUGCUGGGAAUAAAUGAUUAUAUGAGCAUUUGGUAGAUUAUAAAAUUUAGUUUUAUUAUGUUUAUAUUAUAAAGUGUGUAUUAACUGGAAAUACUUGAUUGUAACUUUUGUUGGAUAUAUUGAGAAUAUGUGUGAGUGUUUUGUUCAUUCUAUAUAAGGUUUACAGUGUGGGUGCAAAUAUUUAUAGUGAGAGUAUUGAGUUGUAGUCAAACUGUUUUAACAGUACAUACAGUACGUAAUAGAUAUAAAUAUGAUAAUUGUUUUUGUUAUUUCACUAUAAAGAUAUGGGUAGAAAUGCUUUACUACACCUUUUGUAAUUCACCUUUUAUUGAAUUGCAUCGAUAUAUAUAUGGAUAUACUACGCAAUUUCCUGGAAGAUUUAAGCUUUUUAAAGAUUUUUUUUUUGAUGUCUUGUGAACGUACUGAUAUCUGACAAAUCUUUCAUUUGAUACGAUGCUAUAAAUGUUAAAUAUCAUAACCUCAUGCAUAUUCUACAUGACUUCUGAUUGGUUAGUGUUACGCCACUUGUGAUUCUGUUUGAGAUCAUAUUGCACUACUCUGUGCUUUUGCAAACCCAUAAAUCAUGAUAUUGCAGUACUUCCGGUGUAAAACGGGGAAUCCCCUUAGCAUUGGCCAACAAGCACUAUCAGUUUGAUCAACAGAAGUCAGAAGUUGUAACUUCUUACAGAUAAUGAUGUUGUGUUUUGUGUAUGAUGUUGUGUUUUGUGUAUGAUGUCGUGUUUGUUUUGUGUAUGAUGUCGUGUUUUGUGUAUGAUGUCAUAGUGGAAAAAAAUAUGUGCUUGCUAGAUUGCAUAGUAUAUAGUUUGUGUAAUUAUUUUUUUAUUAUAUUGAUUCAAGUAAUAAAACAAUUAUGAACCUUUGAUGAGAUCAAUAUUGUUUUGUGGUGCGGAAAAAAUAAAUAUCUACCUCUUGUCUCCAGCCUCAGUUAAUAUUAUUUUAUUUUUGCUCCAAUGAAACAUCAUAUCGGUUUCAUCACAGUGCCAUAAUAGUUUAAUGCACUGUUUGUAGACAAAACAGAAUAAAAGCAUUUAUGGGUACUGCAGUCCUGUCCACUCUAUAACAGACAGAGGCAACAAAUCUGGCCUGUGAAUACUACGAUGGAUGCCAAGCUGUGGGGCUCUGCAAAAGAUCUACGCCUGACAGCCCUUUUUUGCGACUCACGGGACAAAGGAUAAAAUACAACCAAUCGAACACUGAAAAAGAAUGGGUACAAACAUUGUUUGACUGAAUAAAACAUCAAGUUAUUUUUAGUAAUGUGUUGUGAAAAAUAUUAUAAUUCCAUCCUACUAAAUCAUAAUUAUUUCAUUCUUGAACAUCAGCGUGGAUGUUACUCAACUGUGUACUACCAUAUUAAAUCACUGAAAAAACUCAGUGAAAAUUAUAAUAUUUAGUUCAGUGUGAGUUAUAUUAUUUAAGAGUACAGAACAAUUCAUGAAACAAAUGUAUCAGUUUGCUGUGCAAAUAAUGUGGGAAUAAAAAAAAAGUAUGAAAACAAAA